AAAACAGAACAGACAACUGAAAAACAAAGAAAACUCCCCCAAAAAAACAAUGGGUUGUGUUUCUUCAAAACUCGUCAAGAAAGAAAUUAAACGAGAAAUUCUUCUCAACAAUGGCGGCGACUACGUUAACCACGUGGUCUCUCUCAAGUCAAGCACUUACGGGGUCCUUCAACUCGACAAUGAAAUUGAACAACAAGAAGAGGUUGGUAUUUCAGAGACAAAAAGAGUUCAGAGAUCGCCUCCGCGUGAAGAGCCAGAGGUAAUCAAUGCUUGGGAACUCAUGGAAGAUCUUGAAGAAGAUGGGACUAUAAAGAGAAGCCCGAAAUCGCGCGUUUUUGCUAGAGGGGUUGGGCAAAAAGAUGUGAGAAGUCCAUUGAAGUUCUUGAAUCAGAUUGGUUCUCCAUUGAAAAUGAGGAGGUUUGGUGGGAAAGAGAAUAAGGGAAGAGUUGAUGGGAAGUCUGAUUUUAGCCCGAAAUCGAUAUUGAGAGUGAACAAUUCUUUGGAUGGUUCGUGUAAGGCGGUGUUGAAGUUGAGUUAUCCAGUGAAAAGAACAAGAAGCGAGGGCUUUGAAGGUGGUGAUUCAGGGUUUUCGGCGCGGAGGAGGAGUUUUAGUCCUUUGUUUGAUCCAGAGCUUGUUGCUUUGUACGAGAAAGAGUUGUCCGAAGAAGAGGAACAAAUCAAGAGGAUAAUUUCACCAGAACCAGAAAUCAGAAAAUGGAAGAAAUCUCAGGAUUCAAAGGCUAUUCUUCAAGUUUUUGAGGAAAAAUGUCCUGCUGCUGGAGAAAAUGCAGUUGUGAUUUACACUACAACCUUGCGAGGGAUUAGAAAGACUUUUGAGGAAUGUAACACUGUGAGAUCCAUUAUCGAAUCCUAUGACAUCCAAAUGUUCGAGCGAGAUAUAUCGAUGGAUUCGGGGUUCAAGGAAGAGCUAAGGAAGCUAACGGGCACAAAGGAGGUCAAAGUUCCUCUUGUAUUUGUUAAAGGAAGGUUGAUUGGGGGAGUUGAAGAGAUUGUGAAGUUAGAAGAGGAAGGGAAGCUGGAAAUCUUGUUCAAUGGGAUCCCAAGGGCGAUCCCCGGAUGUGAAGGAUGUGCUGGGGUGAGAUUUGUGAUGUGUACGGAAUGUAAUGGGAGCUGCAAGGUUUUAGAUGGGGACCAGAAGAAGAUUAGGUGUGGUGAGUGCAAUGAAAAUGGGUUGGUACAAUGCCCUAUUUGUUGUUAAUAUAAGUUCAAUUUACCCUUUUAGAUUCAUUUUGGGAUUUCCACUAGGCGUUGGCGUUUAUCUAUUGUGAGGCUGUAACAAGGAUUUCUUGAAGAAUUUCCUUUCUUUCUUCUUCUGUAUUUUGGGAUUUCCACUAGGUUCUAAAGUGGGUUUUAGGCCUCAGUGUGCUGAUGCUUCCGAUUGCCUCCUUUGUAAACACUGGUUGGUUGAUAUAUAAAAUUCUCUACUAUAUUUGAACUGAAA